UUAGACUGGCUAAGCCAAGUGUUCUUCUCUGUUAUUUUCGCCGGCGUUUAGCGGCGGAAAGUUCAAUCCUUUCCCUACUUGGGCCGUCGGGGAAAAAUGAAGAGCGGCAAGUACUCUUGCAACACGAGAUCUGAAACUAUAGAAUGGAUCACCGCAAUUAUUGAUUUCCUUAAACCCUUCUCUUUCCUGAUCAAUGCCCACGUUGUCAAUUUCUUCAAGGAUAAGCAAUGGGAAGAUGUUGACGAGGAAUGGAUGAGCUGCCUAAGGAAUGAGAAGCCGGAGAAUAUUCUUCUUAUUCCCUCCGGUAGUGUCCAGGAUCACUGGCCUGCUUCACUCACGGACUUUGUCCACACGCUAAGGUCUCUAUCGUUUCCUAGAGAGCAAGCUGAUUUACAGACGAUGCUCUCAGAUGUGAAUGUGGCACCGCUUAGCACCGUUCUUUCACAAGGCAUGAAUCUCAAGAAAAAACAUGAGGUUGAAGUUCUUUCCUCUGUUGUCAGCUCAGUUGUUAACAGUGUUGGAGAAUCUACUGUUAUCGAUGUCGGUUCUGGCCAGGGGUAUCUAGCGCAGGUUCUUUCUUUCCAGUAUAAGCACUCAGUUGUUGCGAUUGAUUCAUCAUCUCAUCAUGGAAAUGUAACUGAUGCACGAGCAGCACGUAUAAGAAAGCAUUUUGCUUCACAGAUGCGUAAAUCUGGUUCAGGAAACAAGUGCCCAGAUGCUCCAACAACGAUUACAUGCCGUGUACUCUCCACAGAGAUGUUAAAAUCCUUGACCAAUGUUCCCCUGGAGGAAAAUGACUUGGAUUUAGAUGCAGCUGCAUUGAAUGAAGGUCCAAAGAGUUCACAAUCAUCAAGUGAUGCAAACAGACCGUGUUCACUUGUGCUCGCUGGCCUCCAUGCAUGUGGAGAUCUCUCUGUCACAAUGCUAAGGACUUUUAUGGAGUGUGAAGAAGUUAAAGCCGUAGUGAGCAUUGGCUGCUGUUACAACUUAUUAUCUGAAAAAGCUAGUGAGAGUUCUUGUUCCAAAUGUGGUUUUCCGAUGAGCGCUGGUCUCAAAUCUUUGGGAUUCUCGCUUGGCAAAAAUGCACGUGAUCUAGCUUGUCAGAGUGCUGAGAGAUGGAGCAGCUUGGGAGAAGAUGCUGGUCUGCAGAACUUCGAGUUGCAUUCUUUUCGUGCUGCUUUCCAAAUGGUUCUUUCGAAGCAUUAUCCAGAGGUUUUGGCGACAAGUCCUUCUAUUGGGCGGCAAGGGAAGGCCUUCCGUCGUCAGAAGCAAAGAAAAGCUCUUGAAACUCCAUCAAAAUUAGAAACAAGUAGGAAAGACACCGACAAGAAAUCCAUGACGCAUACAAGUUCUUCUUUUGAGAAGUUUUGCCUGUCAGCAUUUUCCCGCCUGAAUCUAGAACGUCCUCAAGAUCUCGACCUGAGUGCCACAUGGAAUGAAGCUCAUGCAUUCACGGAACUGAUAGGACCUUACUGGUCUAUACGAGCUGCACUAGGACCAGUGCUUGAGACAUUGAUCUUGCUUGAUAGACUUAUGUUUCUCCAAGAACAAGGAGACUCCAUCCAAGUUACAAUGCUUCCCAUCUUCGACCCCACCAUCUCACCUAGGAACGUCGCCGUCAUUGCUAAAAGGCUUUUGCCGUAAAGCUUAAAAAAACUCUCUUCUGAUCUUAGGGUGACGUGUGAAAUGUGUUUCUGUUGGAAUUGAAUGACGUUGAGUUUUAUGCAUUGAUCAAAGGUCAUUGAGCAGUUACGAGAAUUCACCUAAAGUGUCUAGAGGACGCUGCUUUUUUCCGUUGUGUGAACACACUUUUAUUUCUUUCUUGUUGUUCGUGAUGUACAAGAAACAAACUAGGAAAUGUAUUAAGGUUUCCUUUGACUUUUCCACCGUAAUUGAUUUCAAAACUCAUGAUUUGUUUCUUCUUAA